CAUCAAGGCUCACCAUAAAAACUGAAAGCUUUCUUUUAUUUAUAUCAUGGCCACAAUCAUUUUAGGCGCGCAGUGGGGGAAUGAGGGCAAACACAAACUCGCCGAGAAAUUGGUCAACGAGGGCCGCUUUCAGCUUUGCGCACGGGCAGCGGGAGGACACGAUGCUGUGCAUUCGAAAACUACUGAUGGCGUUGAUCUGGUUUCCCAUCUGCUCCCAUCUGGCCUCAUGAACCCAACCUGCAUGAACCUCAUCGGCUCUGGUGUCGUCUUACACAUUCCUACGUUCUUCAAGGAACUGGAAACGUUCGAGGCUAGAAGCAUACCAAGUGUACAAGAACGCAUACUCAUAUCUGACCGGUGUCAGAUUGAUCUAGAUCUUUACGCCGCUGUGAGAGCUCUAGAAACCCCCGAUUCAUUUAUCCCGUGGCAACAUGAUAGUACAGCGACUAUGAGAAAUGGCAUUCGUCUCUACGAGAUAUUUGACCAAGAAGCCUUUGAAACAAAGCUGAGAAAGCUCGCGAAUCUCUACGGAGAGCGGUUCGGGCAUGCACUCCAGUAUGACCCCGAGGGCGAGAUUCAGCGCUUCCGAGAGUACAGGCCAAAGUUGGCUGGAUUCUGCGUCGAUGCCGUCCAUCUCGUUCAGAACAUGCAGGACUUUAACACCAAGUUCCUCGUAGAAGGCCACAGUGCCUUGAUGUUCGAUAUGAACUACGGCGCAUUUCCUUAUGUCAUAAGUAGCAAUACAAGCCUGGGGGGUAUAUUCACGGGGCUUGCUAUUCACCCUAAGAAGAUCGAUCAGAUAAUCGGUGUUGCUGAGGCUUAUACUACACGACUUGAUGGGGGGAUAUUUAAAACAGAGGACCACAGCGAUAUUGGCAUCGAUAUGCAGACAAUAGGUCAAGAGUGGGAUACUAGCACGGGAAGGAAGCGCCGAUGUGGAUGGAUCGAUCUCGUCGCCUUGAAGUACUCGACAGCUGUCAAUCAUUACACGUGCCUCAAUCUUUCCAAGCUCGACAUCCUUGACAAGUUCCCUGUCAUCAAACUUGCUAUAGCAUACAAAGAUCCGGAGACAGGAGAUCAGAUCGAAAACUAUCCAGCCGACCCCAGUAUCCUAGAGAGGUGUGAGGUAGUGUACCAUGAAAUGAAGGGAUGGCAGCAGCCGAUCAAGGGCAUAAACACGUUUGAGAGCUUGCCGCAGCAGGCACAAGCCUACGUUAAGUUUAUUGAGGAGCAUUGUGGUGUCUCAAUUGCCCGGAUUGGCACAGGCCCCAACUGAGACGACAUGAUCAGUCGCCCGACCCCGGUCACUAUCUAACCCUGUACCCGUGUCAUGCCUUGACCGGCCCCCGCAGAUUCGAAGGAUACCUAGAGCCAUAAGUUAUGUAAAGAAUAGUCUGCAUAGUAGCUCUUAUCUCGGAGCCGACCUUAACAGGAGGUCCGGCCUGGGACAAAGUGGUGUCGGGACCGUGAUGUGAUGUUACACAACGGGUUGCAACAUGCACGCCGUGGUCAUACGGGCGUAGGAUGCCGAUGGACAGCAGAACGCAAGCAUACAUAAGUUCCCAAGGGUUGUCGUUAUAACUAGCUGGGGUUCGAGGUUAACUUGACAGAUAUAGGCGGGGAUAUGGCUCUGCGAAUUAGCCCUUUUAUCACUAGGGCAGCCGUUCCUAGAUCUUCUGGUCUGUCGGAUCAUCCGCUGCCUAAUGUACUGUAGAUACCGACGACACAUAAGAUCAGCAAUCCGAUCAGAUCCUGCUGCCUACGGCAUGCGCGUCUUGCACGAUACUACAGUAAGUGUCAUUGUGGAAGCGCCUAUCGAUCAGACUUUGUCCACUCUGUCUAGCAUAAUUUGAAAUGUUCUGCAGUGCAAUGCGCCUCCUCUUCUGCCGAUCACGGGAAAACACCACCAUAGCAACAACCUUUAAACCAUCGCACGCGUAUCCAAUUAGCCUC